AUGGCAAAAUUGGCAUUGGUAUAUCCAGAUUUCCCAGAAUGGAGGCUUGCAUCAAAAGCAAAGACAUACUUGGAAGCAUUAAAGAGAAGGAAGGAGCUACAAAGAGAAAUCAGGGAUGUUCUGCAAUUAGAGAUUGGACACGUACCUGUCGACAAGUAUCUGAAGAUACUUUCACGAUACAGCACUUUGUUUCAUUUCAGUGAGUUCAAUGGCAUUCGCAACUACAAACAACUCGAUAUGAAUACGUACCAGACAAACGACCUGUUGAGACGUCUCGAAGAGGCCGAGCGGCGCGCUGACGAGGCCGAACGUGAACAACGCGACGAGAAGCGACGUGCUGAUGAAGCCGAACGUGAACGACGCGAUGAGAAGCGACGUGCUGAUGAAGCCGAACGUGAACGACGCGAUGAGAAGCGACGUGCUGAUGAAGCCGAGAAACGACAAGAAGAGGCUGAACUGUUGACGCGACGGACAACUUUGGACGAAUACAUUGCCGCAACUCAUGACCUCGUAGCCAGCCACUUCGCCGUCGAGACCGACAAGGACCUCACCUCGAAGGGCCCCAUCACAAACCCACGCAACAAGCUGUGUCCAAAGAAUCUACGCCCAUGGCCCGACUUUCUCGAGCAGCAGCGAACCACUCUAGGGGCCCUCUACGGCACCUUCCCGGUCUCUGAUCGGCGUUUCGAAUCUCGGGGCUUUUUGACGGGCCUCGGCCAGCGAAUUGCCAAGCGACCGAUAUCUUGCGAAAAGACGCUCGAAUACUUCCUGCACAAUAGCGUCGAAGAUCCAGUGCGAGAGAUUUUCGAUCAAUUGCGGGAUGUGGACCAAGUGCGGCACGAGUUUGGGAUCGGUAACGGCAUUGUCUUUGAGAACCACCCCAAUGUGAUCAGCGAUGUUGCGGAGGAGGUUGUCGACCGGCAGGCCUCAUCGAUACCGCCACAGACGCCCGAUCAAGGGAAAGAUCCGGGACGCAUCCGCCCCGACCAGAUAUGCGUAUACCGGUUUGACGACGAGCUCUCCACACGGCGUACCAUGCUGUAUGUGUCCGAAUACAAGGCCCCGCACAAGCUGACCGCUCCACACCUGCGCGUCGGUCUGCAUCCCAUGAAUAUCUUCAAAGACGUGGUCAAUCGGAAAACAAUACCUACCGCGGCCGAUCCCGACGGUCGAUUCCAGUACCAUGCCGAGAGGCUCACCGCUGCGGCCAUCACACAGACCUACAACUACAUGAUCGAGGGAGGUCUCGAGUACGGGUUGCUGACUACCGGCGAGACCAUUGUAUUCCUGCGAGUAGACUGGCGAGAACCCGGCACACUCUUGUACCAUCUAGCAGAGCCCGCUUUUGAGGUGGCAGCGCAAUCGGGGGAACACCACGCUUGCACCGCAGUUGGCCAGUACCUGGCAUUCAGCCUGAUGGCUCUCGGCCCGCCAGGGAACCCACCCAAUGUUCGAUCGCAGGAUGAGCGGCAGCGUGUGAUCUUGGGGCUGAGGCGAUGGGCAGAGGACUUUGAGACGACAUUACGAUCUAUUCCCCGAGACGAGCGAUACGCUCCGAGCGGCUCAAGCUCGGGCUCGCUGUAUGCGCCGACGACUUAUGCAGGCAUCAGCCGGUCACCGCGCGUGCCUCGAACAAGACCGAAACGUUGGGCUCAGGAAGAGGACCGUCCAGGUGUGCAGCCAAGAUUUGGAGACCGGGACGACGAGUCUUCGUCGGAUGAGUCCUUGCCUCCGAUGCCGGACACGCCGACACCGUCUGAGCCGCGGUCGAGUAGUCAGAGCCAAGGCCCACGGCGCAGCCAGCGCAUUCUGGGCCGAGCGCCGCGCGGGGAAGCUUCACAAGAGCGACAGUACUGCACACAGCGAUGUCUUCUAGGACUGGUCAGAAGAGGUCGGCUUGACGCAAAGUGUCCCAACGUUCUCUUGCACCGGCAGGCUAACCUUGCAGCUGCUGAUCAUCUGAUCGAUCGUGACGAGUUCCUCCGGCUCCUAUUUCAGCAGCUGCAGGAGUCUCUUGACCACGGGAUCAGUCGUCUAGAUGUAGGCGGAUCUCGCGGCGUGCUGUUCAAAGUAAGUCUGAUGGCCUACGGCUACACUUUCGUCGCCAAGGGCACGGUAUCUGCUUUCAUUCGCGACCUAGAACACGAAACAGCCAUCUACAAACACCUCGAAGGACUUCAGGGGUCUCAGGUGCCGGUCUGCCUGGGCGCGAUAGAUCUUCGCGACAUGGGCAGGAUUUAUUACUACGACCAUCGGGUCUACAUCGAAUACCUGUUGCUUCUCUCGCAUGGCAGUCCGAUUGACGAAGCGGUUCGUGCUGGUGAGGUCAAACGUUGUCUGAGGGCGAUACAUCGGGCGUGCGUGGUGCAUCGGGAUGUGCGUCGUACCAAUGUGCUACGCAAUACCGACACAGGGGAGCUCAUGCUGAUUGACUUUGAGCGUUCUGUCGUCAAGGGACGGAAGCCGCUGGGCAAUAUCGUGCCUAACAAGCGAUCGUGGAAUGGGCAAAGGAAGGGGACUACGGCGUCAAUGUACAGUCAUGUUCCGGGAGACGCCAAUUACGAAGAAGAUAUACUGCAGGCAGGGGUGGAGUUCCCUGAGAAAGACGUCUUUGCAGUGCCCGCGGCAUGUGCCUACAAGCCACGAAAGACGCAUGUCGCUGCUGGCAUGGCUGCUUCAUUCAAAACUGUACCCACGUCUGGAUGA